AUGAGUUCCGAUUUGACAGAAUACGAAAAAUAUCUCGACAUGUUUGAGAAAAUCUUUACAAAAAUGGGAAUUUGGCCAAGUACAAAAAUUCAGCCGAUUAGAUAUGUCAUCUUAUUUGUGUUUAUAUUCUUUUGUGUUUUGUUUCUAUACAAAGUGAUAUUUUAUCCAGAGCGUGAGUCAAUUGAAAACGGAAUUGUGAAUACCAUGGGAUGUAUCAUGGCAAUAUUAUUUGCGAUCCGAAUGAACUUACGUGAGGAGCAAUUUGUCAAAGUUUUUGAAUUUAUUCGAAAUGAUUUAAGUGGAACUCCGUCGCCAAUUAAAAAGGAAGUUUUCAUUGAGAUUGUUGACGUCAUUAAAGGAAUGAUAAAAUUUGUCACUUACAUAUUUCCAGUAGCAAUUAUACCUAAAUUAUUUUCACCUUUCCUUGAAUAUGGAUUCAAAAUGCUAGUGCAAAGCGGUAAUAAUGUGUCAUUAAUUUUACCACCGCCAAUGGCACUACCACAAAUGUCAUUUCUAUAUUUUGAUGGUUUCAUAAUAUAUGUUCUGGAAUGCUCCGUUCGUAUGAUUAUGCUGUGCUGGCUUAUGGGUUUCGCAUUCAUUUAUGCCAUCUCAUCUCUUUAUCUUGGUGGACAAUUUCGUGCACUCGGAAGAGAGCUUGAAGCUCUUUCAAUUGAAAAUGAGGAAAUUUUUGAUGCAUGUAUUAAAAGACAUAAUGAGAUCCUGAGUAUCACAAAGAAGUUGAACAAUAUUUAUAGAUUUCAUAUGUUAGUCGAGUACAUUGUUUCAUACGUAAAUUGGGCAGUUCUUUUGCUUUCAAUGUUUGCAGGUAAUGGAGGAGCUUUAGGUUUCUUUAACGACAUGUUACUGACAACUGCUGGAGGCUCUCAAUUUGUUUUUAUUCAUUACUUUGGUGGGAGAAUUGCAGAAAUGAGCUUGGAAGUGUUCCAUGGAGCGUACUGCUCGGACUGGACUAGCAAGCCCAUAAAACAACAAAAAAAGUUGUACAUUAUGAUGAUGAGAGCCAGGAAAUCCAGUAAAUUGUGUUUGUAUGAACACUUCAUCACAGCUUCAUUAGAGAAUAUGAUGAAUCUAUUUAAAGACUCGUAUGCUUCUUUUAACAUUUUGAAAUCAACUAUGGAGAAAUAAGUGACAUUUGAAAAGUGAUUAAAGGUUUAUAAUGAAAAGUAGUCACUAAGAACAACAAUAUAUCAGAUAAUCAUCUCGUUAAAUCAGCCACGAAACAAAAGGAAACAGAUGAAAUGACAAUAAAAUUAUGAAAUAAAGACAUUUAUACUUUCGAAAAUGUCGAAGAGCUUUGCGUGGUUUCUAAUAAAAUAUCAAUUGUAUAUUGAAUGUCAAAAUGUGAAGACUUGAAAAACAAACUCAAAAAAUAAACCAUUAAUCAAUUUUAUGUGGAGGUGUUGAUAAAUUGAUAAAGAUUCUACAAAAGUUCU